UGCGCUGUACUUUUUGUCUUAAAAAAAUGAUUUCAACCCCACUCUUAUUAUUAAUCUUUUUGACUCUAUCUCUGACUCUGCACUCCCCGUAUUCCCUCCAUUUCCAAUCGACAGAUCGCCGGAGAUGGCUGCGUCGGCGCCUCCGACGGCGGCCGCAGAAGAGAAACGGAUUGAGGUACUGACAUUUCCGAUACUUCUGUCCGAACAAAUCAAGGACUCAGUCAAGGAGGCAGACGCCUUCAAAUUGGAGUGCUUCGAGAUCGGCAAACAAGUCGAUCGUCUCUCCCAGAUGCUCCGCUCCGUCGCCCGUCUCUGUACCUCCAUAUCUGGCCCCGUCUAUGAGAAGCCGAUCCGGAGGAUUGUCACGGAGGUUUCGAAAAAUCUGGACCGGGCGCUAACCCUAGUCCGGAAGUGUAAGCGGCGAAACGUCCUCCGCCGCGUUGUCACCAUCGUGUCCGCCGCGGAUUUCCGGAAAGUUCUCAGCCUCCUGGAGUCUUCUGUUGCCGAUAUGAAGUGGCUGCUUACCAUAUUCGACUGUGACGGCGGCGGUGGAGGUAUUGUUUUGUCCCUUCCCCCAAUUGCCAGCAACGACCCGAUUGUGUCUUGGGUUUGGUCUUACAUUUCUUCUUUGCAUUUGGGUCAGUUGAAUGAUAGGAUCGAAGCCGCUAAUGAAUUAUCUUCGUUGGCUAAAGAUAAUGAUAGAAACAAGAAAAUUAUUGUAGAAGAAGGUGGAAUUUCACCUUUGUUGAAGCUUUUAAAGGACAGUUCAUCUCCGGAAGCUCAAGUUGCUGCUUCAAUUGCGCUGUUUAACAUUGCAAACGAUGAAGAAAGGGUUCGGGCCAUUAUUGAUCAGAUGGGGAUUCCAAUUAUCGUUCAAGUGUUGGGAGAUUCCCCUAUGAGGGUUCAAAUUUGGGUGGCGAAUUUAGUCGCGAGGAUGGCAGAAUAUAGCCCACUUGCUCAGGAAGAGUUUGCCAGGGAGAAUGUGAUCAGACCAUUGGUGACUUUGAUGGCAUAUGAUAUCCUCAUGGACGAUUUGAAAUUGAAAGUUGGCAAGCAAAGCAUCCACUCCAUUGUGCAAAUUAACAAGGAAAUGGAGAAGAAAUCAUUGGGAUCCUACAGCUAUAAGCACACCCUGGGAUCGCCACUGUCGAGGCAUUUUUCAGAGGGUAGUAGCCGGGGUGGGAAUCACAGGAAAGAGAGAGAAAACGAGAAGCAGGAAGUGAAACUGAAGUUGAAGGUCAGCUGUGCAGAGGCACUGUGGAUGCUCGCGAAGGGGAGUAUCUCAAACAGCAGAAGGAUAACCGAAACUAGAGGGCUACUAUGUUUAGCCAAGCUUGUUGAAACAGAGCAAGGGGAAUUGCAACUAAACUGCCUGAUGACAAUAAUGGAAAUAACUGCUGCUGCGGAAUCUGAUGCUGACCUUAGAAGGGCCGCUUUCAGGACGAAUUCUCCUGCUGCAAAGGCUGUUGUAGACCAGCUGCUGCAGGUGAUCAAGGAAUCAAACAGUCCGAAAAUGCAAGUCUCGGCAAUCCGGUCAAUUGGCUGUCUUGCCAGAACAUUUCCUGCAAGAGAGACGCGGGUAAUUGGCCCUCUAGUUGAGCAACUAAGUAACAGGAAUCUUGAUGUCGCCGCAGAAGCUGCAAAUUCACUUGGCAAGUUUGCGUGCAGUAAAAACUUUUUACACGCGGAGCAUUCGAAGACGAUUGUGGAAUUCAACGCAGUCCCCCCUCUCAUGAGACUUCUGAGAGGGAAUGAACGGUCCCAGUUCCGUGGGUUUGUCCUCCUCUGUUACCUUGCUUCGCACGCUAGCAAUAACGAUGCUCUGGACCAAGCCCGGGUCCGGACUGUCCUUGAGGGGGCAGACCGCGCGUUAUUCAUCCAACAUCCUGAGCUGAGAGAAUUAAUGUCGAACGCGACAUACCACCUUAAUGUUUAUCACUCUGGAUUGCUUCCUCAGCAUCAGUCUUUUUCUCCUUAGUGUAAAGUUGUACUGUACAUGGAAAUUCAUUGAUUCAGAAGACAGUGGGUGGUGUUAUGAUGGUAGAAGAAGAGGUGUACUUUGCCAAUGUACUUUAAGUGUCUUUUGAUAAACUUGCUAGCUCAUGCAUAUUGUAGUGGAGUGGUUAUUUUUUUGUGUUGAUUUCUUGUUUUGUGAAGGGAAUAAAAAAUGGUUCUAUUC